GGUGCCAGAUGGCUGGAUGACUGGAGUUUCCCUUGCGGUCUAAAGAUUAAUGGCAAGGCUCUGUUGAUUUUGGGAAUUGUCUUUGAGACGGAGAUACCGUCGCAUUAGGCCUGGCUGGAUUCGAAGUGACCGUGGUUGAGAAAGAAAACAGCGGGCGGGACGAGGAAUUAACUUGGAUACCGUAUUUGUUUCUGCACAGAAAAAGAAGAAGAAGGGGCCUGCCCACACACACAGAGUGGCUGGUUUGAUAAGGCCACUCAUUGUACGACUAUAGGGGACGCUAAAAGGCUAGCAGCUAGUCUAAAAAACUAAGGGGGAGAGAAAACGGCUGUCGACCACCUGUUUAAUGCGCCUGGACUACCUUUGGAUAUAUUACGACAACUGCAUAACUACCAGUCGUUUACUGUCUUGUAUGUUGACUGUUUGACACAAGCUAACAGCGCUAACGUAUACUUAGCCGCGCCUGCUAGCGUGCUAGGCUUAGCCAACUGUAGCAUAAGGCUCGGUUUUAAGAGUUGUCCCGAUAAAAGUGACCGUCGGAAAGGGGCAGGGAUAUUUUACCAGCCGUUUGUCGAGAAUGAUAGCGGUCAGCUAGUGGGCAACCGAGAGCUUCAUCGAGCACUGUUUUGCGGCCGGUUGUGAGGGCGAUAUAUCGUCAAGCCGCCCCAAGUCGCUACUGAGACCCCAGGAGUCCGCUUGACAGGCUGCCAUCAUGGGCAACACGCCCACCGCGAAGAAAGGCAAUGAGAUGGAGAGUGUGAAGGAGUUUCUUGCCAAAGCCAAAGAAGACUUCCUGAAAAAAUGGGAGAAUCCAGCACAGCAAACCGCAGGAUUGGACCACUUUGAGCGUCUCAAGACUUUAGGCACCGGCUCCUUCGGCAGAGUCAUGCUGGUCAAGCACAAAGAGUCGGGCCAGCACUUUGCCAUGAAGAUACUUGACAAACAGAAGGUGGUCAAGCUGAAGCAGAUUGAGCACACGCUGAAUGAGAAACGCAUCCUGCAGGCGGUUACCUUUCCCUUCCUUGUGCGACUGGAACACUCUUUUAAGGACAACAGUAAUCUCUAUAUGAUAAUGGAGUACGUACCUGGAGGCGAAAUGUUCUCCCACUUGAGGAGAAUCGGUAGAUUCAGUGAACCACACGCCCGCUUCUACGCAGCGCAGAUUGUGCUGACCUUCGAGUACCUUCACUCGCUGGACCUCAUCUACAGGGACCUGAAGCCAGAGAACCUACUCAUUGACCAGCAGGGUUAUAUCCAGGUUACAGAUUUCGGCUUUGCGAAAAGAGUGAAAGGCCGAACCUGGACGCUUUGCGGAACCCCCGAGUAUCUGGCACCGGAGAUCAUCCUCAGUAAAGGUUACAAUAAAGCUGUUGACUGGUGGGCUUUGGGAGUGCUCAUAUAUGAGAUGGCUGCUGGUUACCCCCCCUUCUUCGCAGACCAACCCAUCCAAAUUUAUGAGAAGAUUGUCUCGGGGAAGGUUCGCUUCCCCUCGCACUUCAGCUCGGAUUUGAAGGACAUGUUGCGAAACCUGCUGCAGGUGGACCUCACCAAGCGCUUUGGAAACCUCAGGAACGGCGUCAAUGACAUCAAGGGCCACAAGUGGUUCGCCACCACCGACUGGAUUGCCAUCUACCAGAGGAAGGUGGAGGCGCCCUUCAUCCCCAAGUGCAGAGGUCCCGGUGACACCAGCAACUUUGACGACUAUGACGAGGAGGAGAUCAGAGUGUCCAUCACGGAGAAGUGCGCCAAGGAGUUUGCCGAGUUCUAAAUUCCCAUCCACCGCUUAUCCAGAGUCGGUCAGGGGUUCUGGGGGUGGGUCGCGUGUGGCGGCCGGACUGCUUAUUCGUAACGUUUUUUUUCUUCAAUCCUUCACCUCCAGACGCAAGACGGUCAAGCAGCAAGGAAAGAGCCAACAUAACCAGCAGUGUUGCCUUUUUCUCAUUUCUAAUCCCAACUGUUACCUGUUCAUCCCUAAGCAUGUACCGUCGUGGCCAGGUUGUCAUCACAUGUUGUCAUCAGGCGUUGUGAAGGUACCCAAUCUGCUUUUUUUUUUUCCCCCCCUCUCGGUUUUUUUUGUUUGUUUUGUUUUGAUUGUUUUGAGCGGUGACUUGAGUGUCUUGUUAACCUGCCCCUUCUCCAAAGUUGUCCAAGCAAUACAGAGUCCAACAGAUGUGCCUAUUGCCAUGCCACCUGUUUGGAGCAAUGUCAGACCAAUAGCCUCAGCGUGGAGCUUUAGAGUAAAAAAAAGAUUGAUCACCAUUUACGCGUUCUUGUUUGCCACUCGCAUGUGUCUUUAUUGCAGCUUUUUUUUUUUUAAUCCUUACUGGCGAUUUUUUUGGUGUGUUUUUGUUGUUUAUCCGUGCUUGUUUAUUUGGUGUUCGGUUGCGUCAAACACUUCUGUUAUUUAAAGUCCUUAAAAUAUGUGUAUACUGAUGAUACAAACUGGAUGUAAAAAGUUUACACGCGGAGCUUAAUUUGGGGUUAAUCAGAGGCAGAGGCGGGCGCUGACUGCAAUAUAACAGGAGUUUGAAUAUGAUUUGAUCAUUAUUAUUAUUAUUAUUAUUAUUCUGAACACAGCCACGUCCUGAGAAAUACGGGUGUGUAGACUUUUUAUAUCCACCGUAUAUGUUUUGAGAGGCACUCAAAAUGAUUCAACUCCCGAUUGUAAACAAAAUGAACCAAUAUUGGCACAUUUCCAUUAAAACGCACCAGGGAGUGUCUAGGGAACAUUUUUACAUUUGCAAAUAAAUGUGCGUAACAUUUGGGCAGCACGGUGAAAUAGUGGUUCGCUCUGAAGUUCAGGUUCGAACCCGGCUUCUUUCAGCUUUCUACUACAUUCCAAAAACAUGCAUGUUAAGGUCAGCGAAGACUCGAUGGGUGUACUUUACAACGGGGCUUUGAAUGAUUUUGAGUGCAAGCAUAAAUCAUGAGGAUUUUGAGUGCAAGCAUAAAUCAUGAGGAACAUUUUUUUGGCGUUGUCUCUCAGCUGUGAGUGCUUAAAUAAAGAUACAUUCUGCCCCACUUGGCAAACCUGACAGGAUCGCAAGGUUUUCUGUAUGGAAUGAAGGAGGGGGGCAAAAACGUGUGUGUGCUUUUUUUGGGGAGGGUGGUGGGGUGGCAUUUUUCUCCCAAAAUGUGUCAAACGCACCUAAAUGCUGGUAACAUUUGUUCGGUUCAAUCUGGCUGUGUGAUUUGAAAAUGCCUAAAAUGGUCGCCGAUUAGAAAAAAGGUUUUCCUAACGUCCAAUCUUGAUUUGGAUGCAAGACAAUCGCAGACCAAUGCUAAUCCCCGGUUUGUUGACUCUGUGCAUUUAUGAAGCUUGUUUCGCUCUCCGUCCUUUCUCUCUCUCACACACACACACACACACAAUUGCGCGUGCACGCGCGCACACACUCCAUACGAGGCCCAAGGUGCUAGACUUGUGUGUCUAUGUGCUUUUCUUCUGUGUGUGCGCAUUGCUUUUGACUCGCGUCGCUCCAUUUUUAUCACUUUGUGACCUGACUGUUUUGUUUUUCCGAAACGAAUGUGAUUGAUUUCAACGCAGGCUGGAUUCAUUUCUUUGACAGCUUGUAAUGUUAUGGAGAUCAAACGCUGGAUGAAUUUCAUUUUGAAUGUCCUCGACUUGUCUGAUGGUUUCAUAUAUAUAUAUAUAUUUUUUUCGCAGUAUUUUUUUUUUGUGCCCCCUUGUAGUAAUGCUGCUACAACGAGCUUACUUAGACAUCCAAUUCAUGAUGGAACCUCCAAAGUCCAAAAAAACACCAAAUUGUUGUCAUUUCAAAGCAAUUCUUUCCUCCCCCAUAGGAAGUAAUGUAGAAGUGAAUUGAUGAGUUCCGGUCUCAAACUGUCGCCAAAGUUAACUACUGUACAACAAAAGUAAAAUACUACUCACCCUUUGAAGACGCGUGACAUAUUUGUUGUUAGUAAGCUUCUCUUGUCGCUAAGAUCUCAACUUCAUGCUAUUUUUGUUCACAUCUCUUAAGUUAUGUAUUUAAUCAACUCGCUUGUUGUUAGCCUAAUAGCAUAGUUGCCUCAGACCCCCCCCCCCCCCCCCCCCCCGGAAAACAAGAAAAAGCACAACACACACUCAACAAACAAAAAACUUGUCCGGUUGUCUCACUUUAACCCUUGCAGAUGACCAUGACCAGGAUGGCUAAAAAUCUACACGGACAUUGAAAAAAAAUUGUAGCAUUAUUGUUAAUACCACUUCAAAAUGUUUUUUUCAAGUAUGCUAUGCUAACAAUGUUAUGUUAAGUAGAUUCUUAUCUUUGCUGCAGUGAUUUUUCGUUUCCAAGUUUGUGGUUGCUGAACGCUCUUCUUCCCUUUUUUUUCGGGGGGCGAGGGGUCCCCUUAAUUGGAUGUUGGACUUUGGGGGUCCCACUCAUGUGAAGACACUGUACCGUGUUGAAGAGAGCACAUGUAAUAUGGUUAUGUUUCAGACUCAAAGGCAACGAUCCAUCUUCUGGAUUGAUGCUUUUAUAUUGUUGCGUGCCACAUGCCUCUAUUGUUGUUAUUACUAUAUGAUUAUUGUAUAUCAGAUGAACACUAAAAUAAUAAGUGAACAUAAUACUUUUCUCUCAUUGUUUGCCUUCCACUUAACAUCAAGUUUCUAUGUUCAAACAUAACUCUUUUUACAUCCGAGAUGUUUUAGGUUCAUAUUUUCUAAUUGUAUUUUCAAAAAAUUAAUCUAAAGAUAAAAAAAAUAGUGAAACUAGAACAUCUAAACUUUUUUUUCUCAUGACCUGGGUACAGUGAUUGUGUAGUCUAAUGUACCAUUUGGGCGGGGGUGGGGGGCGGUUGAGGGGAACAAUACUGUAUAUUAUAAUGCCUUUACAGUCUUAACUAUCUUACCUUCUGGAGAACUUGACAGAUACCCUUAGAACACAGUGAAUAUGGUUAAAAAGUGUAUAUAUAUACACACACACAUAACAUAUUUUGCAAAAUGUAUCAUUCCAAUAAAGUUUUACUUGUCAAGACGAA